UACAAAACAACGACUUAGACCAAAACCAAGACAUUUUCCCAAUUGCUUCAUCUCUUCAUCUUUACCAUUUUUUUUUUAAUUAACCUGCAACUGCUACACGAUGAUCAACUUGUCUCUUUCCCUAUCUAAAUCUAUACCUUAUACCUUAAUAUGGAUGCUCUUUGUCAUCCCAUCUUAUGUUUUUUCAGCUGAGCAGCAUCACCUACUCUGCAGUCCCUCGUUUAGUUGUGGCAAUCAGAGCGGUCUCUUGUACCCUUUCUGGAUUCCUGAGAGAAAAGAUUGCGGUCACCCCGACUUCGAGCUCGACUGUAGCGGAGGAUUUCCAGAGCUUAUCAUUUCCUCUAUGAAAUUUAGAAUCUUAGCGGCCAACUAUACCUCUGGUAUCAUAAGACUCGCCAGAUCCAAUUAUAGCGGUGAUCCAUGUUCCCAAGAUUCUUUAAAGAUUUCUUUCAACGAAACCGUUCUUCCAAUUGCUCCUACCACCGACUGGCUGACCGUUUAUUACGACUGCAACCAAGAUUUUUCAGCAUCUGUUUCUACUUAUGUGAAAGAGCUUGAUUGUGGGAAUGAUGAUAGCAAAAAUUACUACGUGACGAGAAACCUAGUGUCCUCUCUACUUGAAGGGUAUAGUCCGGUUUUCAUAGACUUUAGGAGAUCUUGCAGUAUAAACGUCAAUACCCCCGCAUCUAGAACCGCACUGAACACACUCGAGAGUAGUCCAAGUAGAGAUAAUCUAAAUAAGGCUAUUGAAGAGAGUUUCGAGGUUGGAGUUAACUUAGAUUGUAAGAAGUGCAGAGACUCUGGGGGUGCUUGUGGAUAUAAUCACACACUUUCCACUAGUGGGUUUGUCUGCUAUUGUAUUAUUGCAGCUGCCGUUUCUAUAUCGGCGCUGGCUCUCAUAGUCGCAUGUGUGUUCUUACUCAUCAGACGGAGAAGAAAUACACAAGAAGCUCAGUACACAAGCAAGGACUAUGAUGUGAAAAAACAGAACCUAAUGGACCUUAUUCCACUCAAACACUAUAGUUAUGCGCAAGUACAGAGAAUUACAAAGUCAUUCGCCGAGGUGGUUGGGAAAGGCGGAUUUGGAACAGUCUACAGAGGAACUCUUUCUGAUGGUCGUAGUGUUGCCGUGAAGAUCUUGAAAGACUCAAAGGGUAAUGGGGAAGACUUCAUCAAUGAAGUUGCAAGCAUGAGCAAAACUUCUCAUGUCAACAUUGUUACUCUUCUAGGAUUCUGCUCUGAAAGUUCGAAGCGAGCAAUUAUUUAUGAGUUUCUGGAAAAUGGGUCUCUUGAUAAGUUUAUUUCGAGCAAGAGGUCAUCAAAUAUGGACUGGAAGGAACUAUAUAUGAUCGCGUUAGGCGUUGCUCGUGGUCUAGAGUACUUACACCAUGGCUGCAGAACAAGGAUUGUACAUUUCGACAUUAAACCACAAAAUGUCCUAUUGGAUGACAAUCUUUCUCCGAAAGUGUCAGACUUUGGCCUUGCUAAGCUCUGCGAGAGGACAGAAUCGAUAUUGUCACUACUGGAGGCAAGAGGAACGAUAGGUUACAUUGCACCUGAAGUGUUUUCAAGUGUGUACGGUAGAGUCUCCCACAAAUCAGAUGUGUAUAGCUAUGGAAUGUUGGUUCUUGAGAUAAUUGGAGCAAGGAACAGAACACCAAAUGAAGACCCUUCAUCUAGCACAAGCUCAAUGUACUUUCCCGAAUGGAUAUAUAAGGAUCUUGAGAUGGGAGACAACGGAGGGCAUAUGGAGAAUGGAGUCAGCAGCGAAGAAGACGACAAGAUAGCAAAGAAGUUGACAUUGGUAGGUUUGUGGUGUAUUCAGCCUUGGCCAUCAGAUCGCCCAGCGAUGAACAGGGUUGUAGAGAUGUUGGAAGGAAACCUUGAUGCUCUUGAAGUACCUCCUCGACCUGUUCUCCAGUGUUCCGUAGUGCCUCAUUUCGAAUCUUCCUGGAUUUCAGAGGAAAACUCAAUCUCCUCUCAUUAGUCUUAGGUAUGAUCGCAACCUUUAAGUUUAAUCGUAAAUGUUAUUACUGAACUUGAAAGACCUCAGAUACAUUCUCUGAUAUUAGAUCGAUGACUUUCGUGCGUA